AGGGGAAGCCAGUUGUGAAGGAGUGGCUUAAAACAGACUUCAGGAAGAGAGACAGGGAAAGUUGUUUGGCACAUUUUUAAGGGUCUACGUAAAGCAAGAUGUUGUCAGAAAUAAUUGGUAUCAUAUGUAGAGCCCUCGAAGGAUUUCGCGACUUGAUCUUCAGUCUUCUGUUCGGCAAGAAAAAGCCUGCCAUUACCUUGAAAGACCCGACCAUCAAAUACCCCUUGAGAUUAAUAGAUAAAGAGAUAAUCAGCCAUGACACUCGAAAGUUCCGCUUUGCCCUUAACUCCGAAAAUGAAGUCUUGGGUCUGCCCAUCGGACAGCAUAUAUAUCUGUCAGCUAAGAUCGAUGGCAACCUGGUGGUGAGACCAUACACUCCGGUAUCCAGUGAUGAUGACAAAGGAUGUGUUGACCUAGUGGUCAAGAUCUACUACAAGAAUGUGCACCCAAAGUUCCCUGAGGGUGGCAAGAUGAGCCAGUACUUGGAGAGUCUGCGCAUUGGCGAAACUAUUGAUUUCAGAGGGCCCAGCGGUCUGUUAAUCUACCAGGGCAAAGGAGAGUUUGCCAUCAAACCUGACAAGAAGUCAGCAGCUGUCAUAAAGAGGGCUAAGAAUGUGGGCAUGAUUGCUGGUGGAACAGGCAUCACACCGAUGCUGCAGAUCAUUACGGCUGUGAUGAAAGAUCCAGCGGAUGCGACCGUUUGUCACUUGCUUUUUGCCAACCAGGCUGAAAAAGACAUCCUUCUGCGGCCUGAGCUGGAAGAAGUGUUGGCCAGACACCCAUCCCGAUUCAGACUGUGGUUCACUGUGGAUAAAGCCCCAGAGGGCUGGACAUACAGUCAGGGCUUCAUCAGUGAGGAGAUGGUGCGGAACCACCUGCCGCCUCCAGGCGACGACACGCUCAUCCUCAUGUGCGGCCCACCUCCCAUGAUCCAGUUCGCCUGCAACCCCAACCUGGACAAAGUAGGCCACUCAGUCAGCCAGCGCUUCACCUUCUAGAAGUGCAUGAAGAGUGAGGGGCCAGGAGAGCAGUCCAGCUGGGAGUCUGCCACGCAUGUUUGGGGGAUAUGGUGUUUGGUCAAGCAGCCUAGUCUAUCUGCAAGUGCUGCUCUUGGAAAUGGGCCAUUGUAAAGCUACCAUGCAAAAUUCAACCUUUAUUUAUGCCUGAGUGAUGUCUAUUUAUGCAAUUUUUGUUUAUUUAGGAACAGUGCCAAAUUUGUAAAAGCCCUAUAUAUGCAUCUCUCAGGUUGCCAAGGUUAUUAACAACUGUUGAGAAGGAAGAAUGUUGUCAAGUCUGGAAAGCUUGUCUGGAGUUAGUCCUGUGUUUUAUGUUGGUAUAGAUUGCAGAAUCAGCAACAACAACAACAACAACAACAACAGUGUAUGUUCUGAAUUUUGUCUGAUUGCUGUUGAUGAGGAAGUGUUCAGUAACACCCCACAUCUUGAACCGAGACACAAAAUUAUGUUCUGGCCAAUAGCAAAUUUUGCUACAUUUAAUUUAUUUCCCCCUUCUUUAAUCUUAAUGGCUACAUUCCUCCAGUUCCUGAAAGCAUUAAACAGAAACAGCCCUGGUCCAACCCAGUGACAUCCAGCAGUUUACUACUCAAUUUGCACUUGGGCUGGGUUUUAAUUGAUUAAGGUGUUAAGGCCCCUGUUUGACUGCUCCUUAACAGAGGGACCUGUCUGACAAUUUGUAGAAUUGUAUCAUUUAUUUUUACAGUUAUUUGUCCACUGUUAUCAAAAAAAUCAAAAGUUAGGUUUGUUUGGUCCUGAAUGUUUUGGCUGAGCAUUUUAUGUUCUUGAACUCUAUGCGGUCAUUUGCAUUUUCGCAUUUAAGCAAAGGAUGUUACACAAGAGUGUACGUUGAUGGCCUUGGCAACUUCACAGCUGGCAUUACAUAUAAUGCUUUACCAUGUAUAUCAUGUCUAAUCAAUAAUCAUGCCUUUAACUUUACAGUAACCCUAUAUUUCUGUAUACUUCAGCCUCCAUGCAGAUGAAUAAACCAGAAUAGGCAGUGACAUAUUGUUGCCCAGUCUUUAUGAAGCAGGGAACUUCAGAUAACAUUGGCUUGUUUUCUGUUCUGAAACUGAGUGCCUUAGCAUCCUCUUCAAGAUUCUCCUUUUCAGUGUAAUGCCAGAGUAAGCCAACAUGGAGCACUUCACUGUCAUACCAUCAAAACUAGUCUUUAUCUGCAUAUCCUUCAUGCACUUUGUAUUGAGUGUGCUGUGUGAUACAAAUAUCCACUCGCUACCAUUAUAUUCAGUGAAAAACCAGUUGUGCACCACGAUUUGUUUUCACCACAUAAUUCACCUCAACUCAUGCACAGAUAUUUAGACUGAGGAAUCUCUCAGGAAGUGGUCCUCAUUUGCAAGUUACAUUUUUGUUUCCUUUGUGGAAAAUGGAAAAUGUUUUGAAUAUCAGAGGCCAAUAAAAACCUGUGAUUCACCUGCA